GAGUCACAUGUUUUGACAAGUAAACAUGGCGGACGAGGAGGACCCAAACACGAAAGUUGAAUGCGAGGACGUUCAUGCAAAAGAAGAAGACCCAGAGGCUACGGAACCGGUGCAAAAUGAUGUCGCUAAUGAUACCGACGACGUCCAGAAGGACAAACCGGCAGACAGCUCUUGGUCUGCACCGAUUUUUUCGUUUGCUCGUAAAGCGUCGGAGACACUCAGCAUCGGAGUGAAUCAUUACAGUGCGGGGUUAAAGGGAUCUGACACAUCACAGCACACCUCUGACACCUCUGAUCCCAUGAAGACAGCAGCUGUGAAGGAUCCCAUGGUGGUGGAGCGGUCGAAUCUCCUCAGCAUGAUGAAGCUCAGCAUUAAGGUUCUGAUCCAGUCCUCGCUCAGUCUCGGACGCACGCUGGACUCUGAGUAUCCACCUCUGCAGCAGUUCUUCGUGGUUCUGGAGCAUUGCCUUAAACAUGGUUUAAAAGUGAGGAAAUCUUUCAUUGGUCAGAAUAAGUCAAUCUGGGCUCCUCUGGAGUUGAUCGAGAAACUGAGCCCUGAGUCAGCUGAUAUUGCCACCAGUGUGCGUGAUAUGCCUGGAAUCAAGACAGGCCUUGGUCGAGCUCGAGCAUGGCUGCAUCUGGCUCUUAUGCAGAAAAAGAUAGCAGACUACAUGAAGGUGCUUAUUAAUAGAAAAGACCUUCUUGGGGAAUUUUAUGAGCCUGGGGCUCUUAUAAUGGAGGAAGAGGGGACUGUGAUCGUAGGGAUGCUGGUGGGUCUGAAUGUCAUCGAUGCAAAUUUGUGUGUGAAAGGAGAGGAUCUUGAUUCUCAGGUGUGCGUCAUUGACUUCUCAAUGUAUCUAAAGGAUUCGCAAGCAACUGAGACCACGCAAGAUGAUUCAAAAAUGACAGCCAUUCUUGACCAGAAGCACUACAUAGAAGAACUGAACCGGCAUCUGAGCUGCACGGUGACGGAUCUUCAGGUCAAGAUGGACUCACUGGAGAAGACCAACAGCAAACUCAUUGAGGAGCUUACAGCAGCCACCGACAGAAUCAACGCUCUGUGUGAAGAGCAGGAACAACUUAAACAAGAAAAUUCGAAUAUUCUUCAAAAUAGUCAGAGGAAAGAGGAGGUGACUAUGCAAGACAGCCAGGUGGAGCUGGAAACAUAUCGGCAGACACGUCAGGGUUUGGAUGAAAUGUACAAUGUAGUUUGGAAGCAGUACAAGGAGGAGAAACGAAUACGGCAGGAGCUACAAAAGGAGCUGGAGCUGCAAAUCGGCAUGAAACAGGAAAUAGAAGUUGCCAUGAAACUUCUGGAAAAGGACACGCAUGAGAAACAAGACUCGCUUGUCGCACUACGACAACAACUGGACCAAGUCAAGAAUCUCAACAUACAGAUGUUCAACAAAGCACAGGAGUCUGACCGAGUGGCCCAGAAAAAGGUGGAGGACAUGCUACAACUGGAAAAGAAGAUGACUCAGAUGGAGGCUGCCAUGACAGAAAUGGAGCAGAGACUUCAAAAUUCAGAAAAUGUGCGCAAGAAUUCAGAUGAGAGCCAGAAUGAGCUGAAAUCGGAGAUGAAGGGGAAAGUGAACGCCCUGCAGAAGCGUCUCGCCGACCUCGACACGCUCAGGGCCGGCCUGGAGUCCGAGCUCGGCGUGGAGAAAGAGCAGCGCCAGAACCUGCAGAGGGAACUACAGAGAGAACAGGACAACAGCACAGAGCUGCGCACACAGCUUCAGCAGCUACAGGGCCUGCAGACGGAGCUCCUUGACCUUCGGCAGGAGAAGAAGCAGCUCCAGCAACUGUGUGAGGAGCAGGAACAGGCUCUACAGGAGAUGGGACUUCAUCUCAGCCAAUCCAAACUCAAGAUGGAGGACUUCAAAGAGGUCAAUAAAGCUUUGAAGGGUCAGGCCUGGCUAAAAGACGACGAAGCUACACAGUGCAAACAGUGCCAAAAAGAAUUCUCAAUCGCUCGGAGAAAACACCAUUGCAGGAACUGUGGAGACAUCUACUGCAGCAACUGUUCCAGUAAUGAGCUGGCUUUGCCCUCGUACCCCAGACCCGUCCGGGUAUGUGACGUCUGCCAUUCCCUUCUGCUCCAGAGGAGCUCCAGCGCCUCCUGACACUGAUUCACGUCUCUGCCGAUCAUGUGUGUGAAACUGCAGGCCAGCUCUAAUAAUCCACUCUUGAUCUCUUUGUAUUUUUAACACUUAUGCAUUCAUUUCUUGUGGCACCAAUGGCUUCCGUUUGACUAAACCUAUUGAUUGUUGCAAAAUCAUAUGCAAUGUUUCUUGGACAGGAAGACACUAGGAUAAAUGACUGUAUUUAUACUGAUAAAUAGGGAGCCAAACUAACACUUAGAAGCCUUUCAGAUGUUCACCAAGAGAGAAGGUAGAAGAAUUAUUUUUUGAUACUCUUGGUGCUUUUUAGGCUUUAGUUGUGUCUCUUAUCAAAACAGGACUGAAUGUCAUUUGUAACGGUUUUGUAAAUUCUGAUUAGUGUCAAAUUUAAUGAGACAAAGCAUUGGUGAAUUAUAAUGUUUUUUAGCGUACAUGUGCUUGUGCUAUAAAGAUUUAAUCCACAAACUGUCUUACAAACACAUACUAGAGCUCACCUCAGUCAAAAUGAGGCCAGUUAUCAUACGUCAGUGGGUAUGUGUGAAUUAUUAAAGAAAAUGUAUCAACCAUUCAUAAAACAAACUUUCAAAUGCAAACAUUUUGGUUUUGUAAACAACUUGAACAUUUAUAUUGCUUGUGUCACAGAUGAGGCUCAAAGUCUAAAUGAUUUUUCCUUGUCCAGGGGUAAAGUUACAUUAUCUUAUGCAAGACUAAAGCGCAAAUGGAUUGUAUUUUCAUUUCAACUUUUUUUGCUCUUACCAGUCAAAUUUUUGUAAGGCUCUCUGAAGACAAAAUGUAUAUUUUAGAUUGUAUGUCAGUUUUCUGUGUUGUACCCUCUCUCGUCUCCUGUUCUGUUCAUGAAGCUGUAAUGAAGUCUCUGGAGAUUUUAUAGAAUUGUGUAUGGUUUAAUAAACACUGCUUUGAAGUAUGAAGACAUGAGGAAUCAAAACAUUUGUCCACUGAAAUCACAGGUGAUACAUUUUUUUUUGGGGGGGGGGAGCAAAUGCAAACGCUUUUCCAAAUGCAAACAGUAACAUGCAUCUAAAUGAAACCCCUUCACUUCCCACCAUACUUUAAAAUAAUACACUUUUUUUUUUUACCUUUUAAACUUUUCAGCCUGGAUUAAGCAUUAAGUACAUGCAAAACACCUUUGCUGGAGCAAAAAGUUUAAGAUACGAUGUGCUACAUUCGCUGACAGAGUGAAACCUCCAUGUGCAAAGACGUCAACCUGUACUAAAGGCUUUGAUAAAGUUGGCCUAUAGUAUCCUGAAACGAGGAAACAAAAAUCACCUCUUUUUAUACUUGACUGUAAACAGAAUUACAGGCACCUCUCCAGUGUGAUACAUGGGCUGUCACAUUUCAGCAUAAAUUACUAACUCUAGGAAAAGAAUUUUCCUCAACCA